GAUAUGUAAUUUAGUUAUUUAUCACAGCACCAUGAGAGAAUUAUGUUUUUAAGCAACAGUUUUGUCCUUUCUUCUUCAUGUUGUAUAUCUUUGAUAUUUUCUUGAAUAUAAAAUUUCCCAUCAUACUUCAACAGCAUUUUGCAGUCAUCCACAUUGUUGAGGAUUUCUUCUGCUUUAUUCACCAAGGUAUUAAGGUGCUUUCUGUCCAGGAGAUUCACCUUGAUGGACAUCAGUACCUUCAAACAAGAAAACAUAUAUAUAUGUUAGACUUCAAUUACAUGUACCAAAGAGUUAUGAGGAAUGUACAUCAACUUGGAACAAGUUUAACUGCAAACAAAACAUACCAAACUCAACAACAGAAUUUAAAUGAAUUAAUGAGUCUUUCCACACUAACAUUAAGGCUCGUUUCACACUGCGACACUUGUGACGGUCACCGGUGACAGUGGCGAACACUCCUGGGUCACUGGUGUCCCACACUGCAGCUGUUGCCAACUGAUUAGUUGGUGAAAUGGACUCUAGCGAGGAGGAACUGUUGUUAGUACUUGUAAUGAGGAGGAGGAGGAGGAGAAUGAAGACAAAACGUUCAUUACACAUACAUCCACUGCUACGUGAUCGCCUGGAGAAAGGAUUGUAUUACACCCUUUAUGACGACCUGAGACAAUCUGAGAAGAAGUUUUUUCAGUAUUUUCGAAUGUCAAAAACUUCAUUUGAUGAACUACUAGAAAAUGUGAAAGAAGCAAUCACAGGAAAAGACACUAUACUAAGGAAGGCUAUCCCACCAGAGGAAAAACUUGCUCUUACAUUAAGGUACUUGGGGGCCGGAUCAUCCAUGAUGGACUUACAUUUUCAGUACAGAAUUGAAGUAUCAACUAUCUCGUAUAUUAUACGAGACGUUUGCUCUGCCAUAUGGCGUAAAAUGAAGUCAAAAUGUUUUCCCGACCUCUCGAAAGAUCUAUGGCUUACCUCAGCUGAAGGAUUCCAUAAGAGGGCCAACUUUCCUCAUUGUGUGGGUGCAGUGGACGGGAAGCGCAUCAGAAUUGUAAAACCCACUUCCAGUGGUUCACUCUACUAUCAUUAUAAGAACUAUUUUUCCAUUCUGUUGUUAGCUGUUUGUGAUUCGACGUACAAAUUCUUAUUUAUAGACGUUGGAGCAUGUGGGAAAUCGUCCGACUCAACUGUGUUUCGUAAUACAGUGUUAAAUAAUAAACUACAAGAUGGUACGCUAGAUUUACCUGCACCAAAACAACUGUCAUUAUCGUUUGAAAGACCGAUGCCAUUCAUGUUAGUAGGAGAUGAAGGUUUCGGAUUGUCAAAAUUCAUUUUACGCCCUUAUGGUGGAAAGUAUUUAGACAAUAAAAAACAUGUGGUCAACUAUAGACUGUGCAGAGCUAGAAGGUAAAUCGAGUGUACUUUUGGAAUUCUUGCAAACAAGUGGCGCAUUUUCUAUCGACCACUGGAUGUUAAAUUAGAUUUGGCAGAGUCUAUUGUGAAGACAUGUUGCCUCCUCCAUAACUUUGUGCGUGAUCGUGAUGGAAUACAGUUUGAGGAUACGUUAACUACUCAGGGAUUGCAGGACAUGUCACCAUGCUUGGUCCGUGGAGGAAAUAUUGCGAACGGUAUCAAAGAAGAUUUCGCAAACUACUUCAUGAGCCCUGAAGGCGUAGUGCCAUGGCAGCUGCAAAAAAUCUAAGUGCUAGAAAUGUUAUGUGAACAUUAAUGUCGUUAAGCCUAAAUGUUCAUUGGAAUGGUAUUUGAAAUGUGCAGUGUUCAAUUAUUACCAUGUUGACUGUAACAAACCAUACUGUUGUGUUUACUGAACUGAUUAAAACUUGCAAUUAAAAUUAUA